CCCUCUCUCCCCCCCCUCUUUCUUGCCUUCCCCCCUCCCGCUGGUUCCGUUCUUCGGAGAAGAAGAGACCCCACCCGCGGCGUGCGCUCUGACCCGCUCCCCGGUGUUGGUGCCGACAGGAAAGGAGCCCCCCCCCACCGUCUGGCGGCUCCCUGGCUGUGCCGUCCUGAUCCCGCCACCUUUUCCCAGUUGUUGACCGUUGUCCUGGCCGGUCUGCCAAGAUGGACAAGUUGGACCUGUUCGAUCUCGACGAAACCGACGCGCCAGGCUAUUUCGGCUCCCCCACCCACUACGCCCGCACUCCUGCCACUUCAUCCAAUCCCUCCUCCCUCGCUGGGCCCCCUUCCUCGGCCUCUUCCUCUUCCGCCUCUUCCUUUAGCCUCCUGGACUCGCUGCGCUCCUACGCCAACUUCGCCAAGCCGAGCACGCCGCUUCUGUCAUCGCCCCCGUCGCCCGUCCAGCAGCAGGACCAGCAUUCCCCGUCGCCACUACCGACGCCACCUCCGCCGGUUCCCGACACUCGCCCACCCUCCCCAUCGCCCGCCAGCGAGGCAGCCCAGGAGCAACUCCACAUCCCCUGCCCCUCGCCCUUGUCGCCCGACGGCGGCGAGUUUGAGCUUGACGUUCCGCACGCGGUUGUCAUGCUACCGCGCAUCCGUGCGGGCACCGGUCCCGGCGAGCUGUCCUCGACCUCCCUGCGCGAUGAUUUCCCCGCCGCCUCGACCCCUCCGGAGAACAUCAUCCCCGGGGGGUUCCCCUUCACCAGCCCGGGCUCCGGUCAGGCGGAUGCCAGCCACCCGGCGCGGCCGCACGGCGUCCCGGCUUCGGGCGGCCCUCCUCCCGGGCCCCUCCUCGAUCCGGAGCUCGGUUCCCAGCCGCCCCCCCAUGCGGUUCCCCACCUCGGCAUCCGGGACUGCCCUUCCGGCGUGGGCUUGGCAACCUACAUCCCGGCCCAUCCGGCUCUGCAGCCGGUCAUGACCGAUGUCCCGGCCGGCGACCGGCAUUGCCCCCUGCUGCGCUAUGUGCUGCUGGCUUCCUGGAGCCAUGUCACCGGGCCGGUGACCGAGCGCGUAUGGGUCCAUGGAGGGCCGUUGCCGGAGGAAAACUUCCCCCCCGGGCCAGGGGUCUUUUCCGGCCAGGAAGAGCCGGGAGCUCUUUUGGCUGAUCUGGGUCCUGGUGGCCCGGGUGGUCCGGGUGGCUCGGCCGGAAUGGCCGGCGCCUCUCCCCUCUCACCAUGGGAGUCGGGCCUGGCCGGGCCUGGGUCCCCCUCGGGGGAGGACAUCUCGCGUGCGCCCUUCUGCGUAUGCUGCACCGGUCCUCCCCGGGCCGGCGAGUCGCCGGUGCCCAUUGCACCGGUGUCCGGCUCGGGCCCCGGUUCUCGGUCACGGUCUCCCUCGCUGUUGGGGCCCCCCCUGGCCCCGGGGCCGCCCAUCUGGUCCCUCUGCACUUCGACCAUCACCCACCUGGCACACAUGACGGUCAAGGGCGAGGUCUGGCGGAGUCCGGCCGUCGCAGCCAACAGUGGGCUUGGCGGCGGGCUCGGUGGCGGCCAUGGUGCCUCCCGCUCUGCCGAUCGCCAGUCCAAGUCCUCGCGCUUUGGCCGGUCCCAGCCAACCGACAUCCCCUGGUCCGGAACCAACACCUGGGGUGGCUGGGGCGGUGAGAUUGUCGAGCCCAAGUUCCAACUCCUCACGGACUGCGAUCUUGCCCUGAUCACCUUCAACUUCACAGCCCUUGAGGCUCCCUGCCGGUCGGCGAAGUGGUCGCGCGAGGCGACCGGCGCCGACUCGCCGCCCUUGACCAAGUUCGCCCUGAGCCUGAUGCUACCAGCCCCGGCGGCUCGGCAAUCCACCGGGCACCCGACCCCCGGGGCUCUCGGUGCUCCUUCGGGCGGGGCUUCCCCUCACUAUAUCCAAAAUAUUUUGCCCUACUACUCUCUGAUUGUCGACCGGACGGUCGGCAUCAUUCGCGACUUCUGUGCUCGCCGUCACCUGCUGCAACAUGUCAACUCCAUCCAGACCCUGACCGCGCCACUGGUGGAGCUGAUGCACGAUCUGGAUGUGCUUUUCGCGCGCCAGGUCCGCCCCCCGCAGCCAGUGGUCCCAAUGCCCUCGCCCCACCGCUGGGCCGAGCUGCAUCUGGAGGACACGGUCUUUGGCCCGGCUUCUGACAAGGUGGAAUCCGGCGAGCGAUGCCGCUUCAGCGGGAUCUUUUUCAUGCAUGCCCUGACCGCCUUCUUGGCGACCCAUGAGCGUGCCAUUGUCAUUGGUGAUAAUGUGGAUCAAAUUAAUUGCAUGAUCAAAUCACUCUUGAUCUUCGCUUCGACAACGGCGCGGAAAAAAUCCCACCUGGCCUUGCCGGAGCCGAUGUUCCUCUUCCCCGGCCGGGCUGCUUCGCCGACCUUCCCCGGGAAUCUCCUAGGCCGGGUGAUCACGGAUGCCUGUCUGCAGGGUGUUCUCGUUCAAUCCUCACAUCCGAUUGGGGCAUCACCGGUGGAUGAUUGGGUUCUCCUGCAGUCGCGUCUGCCGUGCGCUUUGAUCGAUGUACGCCAGGCCGGGGCCGUGGUGCAAAUGGUCUCCCUGCGCCACUAUGUCCCAGCGCGAAAUGAGCUGCUCAUCAGUGCCCGGCGAACCAUGUCCUCGAUGAACUUCAGCUCCCCGGACAUGGCGCAGUUCCUUGGCAAUGAUGGGUCCCUGUACAAGGGCCGCUGGCAUGGGGAGACACCGGCCGCCGGGACCGGCCCCCUCGGCCCCCCGGGCGGAGGCGCCAGCACCAGCACUGGUGUCGGCAAUAGCGGCAGCGGCGGCGGCGGCGGCGGCGGCGGCGGCGGCGGCGGCGGCGGUAGUGGUGGUAGCAGUGCCAACGUCGGCAGCGCGCCCAGCAGCAGCAGCAGCAACAACCCCAUCCCGUCUGACGGGCCGGGACUCGCCGGAGCGCGCUUCCUUGCCGCGGCCGAGUUCGACUUCGGCUUGCAGGUCUCCACGGCUGAGGCCCAACGCGCGGUCAAGGAUGGCCGGGUCAGCAUGCUCGUUUAUCACUUGGUCCGGGAAUUGGCCCCCUCGAGUGGGGGGCUCGGUCGCUUGGGCCCCGCUGCUGGCUUCGGAACGCCGGCUGGGCUUGGGCCCGGGGCGUCCGGUGGCGCGGGAGGCACUUCCGGAGCCCCGGGCGAUUCGCCAGGGCCACGAUCCGUCAGCAGCGACCCAUCGACGGCCGCAGGGCCGACUGUCAGCCGGACCUCCAGUGCUGGCCCGCCGGGUGGAAGUGGUCCUAGUGGCUCCUCCCGCAGUGGAUCCGGUGGGGUUCCCCUGUUAAGUUGGAUGCCGCUGCCAUUGGCCGGUCCGAUCCCGGCGCACAUGCGUCUUGCCUAUGCCCGGCAAUGGCGCCGGCAGGUCAUUUCCCGGCGGGCCACCCUGUGGAUGUUUCACAUUGAGCGCCAGCUGAAGCUCGGGGUCCGGCCGACGCCGCAAUUGGCCGAAUCGGUGACCCGCGAAUUGCAGCUGAACUGGGGCCCGGCUCCCUAUGCCGGGGCCCUGCCACACUUGGACAUCAGCUCCAUGGACACCUUCUACGGGGUGCGCAUGGGAACCGGGGCUGAUGUCGGGGCGACGAUCCCCCUGGCCGCCGGGCCGCGAUCCCCCCCGGCACACCCGCUCAUCCACAUGAACAAGCACCUGCGCGAUGCGGUGGUCCUGUCUCGGGGUGGGCACCCGACCGGAGGCAUGGCCGCCAGCAUGGCCGGGUCCGGCCCGGGGCUCCUUCCCCGAGGGGCCGGGGCCAGUGGCGUCGGUGGCCCCGGCAGCAAGGCCGACCCCGGUUCCGGCUCGAUGGUCCAUGGGGUCGAGGGGCCCGGCGGGCUUGGGGGCCGAGGGCUUCUGGCCACCGGCCCCGGUGGGGCUCUGGGCACCGGCGGCCCCGACCCCAUGGCCGGAGCUCGGACCAGCUCGGGAGUCACUGGGGCCGGGCCGGGCCUCGGCCCCACCCCGGCCAGUGCCCUGUCCAGUCGGCGUGCCCGGGCCGAAGCCUCAUCCAGUCCCACCACCGGUGCCAGCCCGGGGAUUGCGGAAAUCCCCUCGAUGAGUCCCUUCUUCGAUGGGAGCGCCGCCGUGCUGUCCAGCGCUGGGGUGCCCCCUGUGGCGACAUCCAGCUCCCAUGUGUCGGAGCAUGGACCGGGCCUGGUGACGGUCCCUCCGUCGCCGGAAACCCCGUCCGUCGGGGGACUAGGCUUCUUCGCUCGGGAAACGCCUCCGCUGGUGGCGAUGGCCGAUGCCUCCGGCAUCGGCGACGGCGGCGGCGGCGGCAGCCUGGGCGGGUCGCUCAUGAGCCCGCACUCGCCCUUGGCGCCUGGCUUCCCUGCCGGCGGCUUGGCCGGGGAGCCGGGCUCCGUACGGGGAUCUUUGCACACCCCCGGUCCGGGGUCCUCUCCCCGGCGGUCUUCCACUGCCAGUACCACCUCGAUGCUGGACUGGGCUGGGGAUGGUCUGGUGCCGGGGCAUCCAGCCACCGGGCCCAAGCCCCCGCCCGAUCGCCGGGCCUACCAUGUCUCCCACCAUCUGGCCAAGCACAUGGAGCAGCUGGCCCUCAGUGCGGGGGUGGACCUGACUUGCACGGAAACGGCCGGGGCCUUUGGCUUGGCCACUCUGGGGCAGCUGGGAGCCCCGGCUCCGGGGGCCGGGGGGGGGUAUCCCCCCCCGGCGCGAGUGUCCGACCUGGAUGCCGACUUCGACUCGGCCACGCACCGGAUCAUCCUGUCGGAGGUGGAGCGCCUCCGACCGGGCUUCAUCGAGGAGCUCUUCCUCUAUUCGGCCGGGGACAUGCCUUUCGACUUGAGGCACCACCAUGCGCCGGGGAGUCGGUCAGCCAGUGCCACCGGCCCCGGGGCCAAGACCCCGAGUCGGGCCGGUGUUCUCGGCCACCACCGGAGUCUCGGUGCCGUGGAGGAUACCAACGAGGGGGUGGCUGCCAGCGAUCCGAAUCCGUUGACGCUUGGCUUUUGAGGAUGCCCUCGCGUGGUGGAGCAUAUUCCCGGGUCCCUGUUUCCACAUAUGUCCCUUUGCAAGCAGAUGCACACAUCUUGAAAAACCCCUUGUGCAUGCGCCAUGACGUUGGUGUGCUCUCGUGUAUUCUGCAUAUGCCUCACCUCU